AUGGAGCAACCACCAGGUUUUGUUGCUCAGGGGGAGAAUGUGAAGAAAAAUCACUCUAUCUUCUGGCGAUUUCAGAAUGGGAAACAAAUUCUGCUUGUUGUUUAUGUGGAUGACAUUAUAAUUACAAUGGAUGAUAUUUUUGGUAUUGACAGUCUGAAGAAGCAUUUAUGGACAUAUUUCCAAACUAAAGAUCUUGGUUUCCUAAAAUACUUCCUAGACAUUGAAGUCGCAAAGUCAACGAAGGGUGUUUUUCUAUCACAAAGAAAGUACGUCCUGGAUAUGCUUUUAAAAACUAGGAUGUUAGGAUGCAGAAGCAGUGAUUCUCCAAUGGAUGUAAACUCAAAACUACUACCAGAUCAGAGGGAGCUUCUUAAAGAUAUUGGACAGUAUAGAAGAUUGGUGGGGAACUGA